UGGAUUUCUGGGUUUUUUUUCUUAGCGGAAUGCUAGUAGUCCGUACUCCUCGCCGCUACGACCCUGACCGCGCCGCCGCCGCCGCCGCCGCCUCAACUGUGACGGCGAGCAGCCGCGUCGCAGCGGUCUGAGCAAGGGUACCACCACCCGGAUCGAGCUCCGGACAUGGCGGCGGGGGCGUGGGCCGCGCUCAGGUCGGUCGUGAAGCCCUGCAUCGCCGGCUCCCUCAUCGGCCUCACCGUCUCCGACCGCUACUUCACGGUCGCCGCCGUCCGAGGCGCCUCCAUGCACCCUACCUUCGAGGGCAGGACAGGUGAAUACGCGUUGGUGGAGCGGCUCUGCCUCGAGCGCUAUGACUUCUCCCGCGGCGACGUCGUCACCUUCGUGACGCCGGUAGACCACCAGAGGAAGGCGAUCAAGAGGGUGAUUGGGCUGCCCGGCGACUGGAUCAGCGUCCCGGAGACGGAGGAGAUCCGGAAGAUACCGGAGGGCCACUGCUGGCUCGAAGGGGACAAUGGCAGCGUCAGCCAGGACUCGAGAGCCUAUGGCCCAGUGCCGAUUGGUCUGGUGCAGGGGAGGGUGACACACGUGGUGUGGCCGCCCCGCAAGAUAGGCCGCGUCGACAAAAGGGUACCGGAAGGAAGGGUCAUGCCGCAUCGGAAUCUCUAGCCUCCCCAUCUUCCUUCCCCGGUUGCUUUGUCCUGCAGUUUUGUUUGUUCUCACAGGAGAUUCAUCAUGUAACAAUGUAACAUCAGCGGCAGGAGGAGGGCAUUUGCUGCUCCGCCUUCGCCCGAGUGUAGGCACAGCAAUAGAGAGUUUAUUCUUCUGUAACCUUUACCGGCUGUAGGAACUGGGCUUAUGGUAGGAGCCUGCUAGGCUAGGUAGCUGUUGCCACUGAAUUCCUCUGUGGAUCCGGUGUGUUUUCGGUGGUUAAGUUCCGCUUCUGAUGAAUCACCGUUGCUGUGAUGAUGUAUCAUGCGUGGAAUGAGCAUUUUGAAUCUACAAGCCGAUUGAUUAUCUAUUA